AUGUUGCAAUGUUAUUAGGUAAUUAUAAACUUAAACAAAGAUACUUAAAAAUAAAAAUGGAAGAGUUAUCGUUGAUUUAGAUGAAAAACUAUUUGAAAUUAUAAGAAAUGAUUUUUACUUGCAAUAAUAAAUGAUUCAUGAAUCGUAAUCAACUUAACUUGCUGAAUAAAAAUUUUAAAGAAGAAUAGUUCCCUUUUUCUUGAAUCAAUUUAUGCAUUGGUCAAAAUAAAUGGAUUAUAAAUAGGUAGAAUGCUAUUUAAAAGUUAUUCAUAAUCGCAAAACAUCAAAAUAAUAAAAAUGGGAAUUAGGGGAUUUAUAAAAGAUAUUUGGUCCAAUCAAUUCAAGAACUAGAUGUAUAUAAAUUGAAACUUAAUAAAAAUGGAAAGAAUUUUUAGACUCACAUGCUGAAAUUAGUGUUAUACUUAACUCUAAAAUUAAGGAUCAAUUAACAAAAAAAAAAUAUAUCAAUGCAAUCACUUCAUUAAAAUUAGAAUUAUAGAAAAAAAAUCCUUACUAUAGGUUUUUAAGUAUUAAUCAAUAAAAUAUUGAUUAAAAAAUAAAUACAGAAACUUGUCUUGAAGAAAAAAAUUAAACCAAUUGUUUAUUUUAGAUUGAGCAUUCAGAUUAGGAAUAAGAUAGACUAUUCUCUUCCUUCAUCUUAGAUGAUAAGGAAUCUAUUUGA